UGGUGUUCUCAGGACUCUCAGGGAAUAUGAAUUGCGUAACACGGGCACGCUGCCGAGGCCUCCGUUCCCGCCUCUCACAGCUACCAAUAUGAAGAUGCGACGGCUAUGACGCUUCUCUAUCUAUACUACGUCAUCACGUCCUCUGCUUUCCUGCAUCAGUAUUCGUCCCUCGCAACGCCCCAGAACUACAUUUCCCGACAAGCUCCUCGCGUUCUCGUUGUAUUGCAUUAUUACGUCUUCGAAUCGUCGAUUACGCGGGCAAGCGCAGUGAGGCACAGGCGGGCAGUGUGAGGAGCGGAGGCCUGGAGACUAGCCGCACACCUACCGGGAACUCAGCUAAGUGUUCGCCUCCCCCCCAGUCGAGUCAUUUCCGGCCCGCGCUAUCGGGCCUAGACUAGAGACGACAGCCAGGACUUCUAUUACUGCUAAUCCUUCGAGGGUAGUAGUCGCACGGAAUCCUCGGGCCACAGUGACCCGAGGAGGAGUCAGCCGGAUGGCGGCAGCGGGAGGUGGAGGAGGAGCGGGCACUGGAGGAAAGAUCCGAACCCGGAGAUAUCACCUCAGUUCCGGGAGGACCCCGUACAGCAAAAGCCGGCAGCAGGGCCAACAGCAGGGUAUCAUCAGCCGUGUCACAGAUACCGUGAAAAGUAUUGUUCCAGCUUGGCUGCAGAAAUAUUUUAACAAAGAGGAAGAGUUACCUGGCAGAUCCUCCAACUUGGAUCGUGUUGAUGGCCAUUUCGACAAUAGACAAAAUGAAGAACAAAGUCACAUCUAUGUUCAGGAUGACCUACAUACAACUGCAGAUGGCAGGAUCACUCCAGAGCCUCUUAGGACCCAGGAAGGUAGUAAUAAUCCGUCAACAAGUGGGCUGACAUUAAAUCUACCUGAUGUAUUAACCCGGCCAUCACUACACAGAGCUAACCUAAAUUUUAACAUUUUGGAUUCUCCAGCACUUAACUGCCAACCAUCUACUUCUUCUACCCACCAUAUUGGCACUUCUAAUUUUUCACUGGUGAAGGAAAUUAAGGACUCUACCUCUCAACACGAUGACGAUAACAUUUCCACAACCAGUGGUUUUUCUUCACGUGCAUCUGAUAAAGAUAUUACUGUCACAAGAAGUGUGAAUGCACCCCCUUUGUGGUCUCCUGAAGCUGAUCGUUCACACAAUCUUUCACAUAACUCCACUAUGAACUCUAGGAAACCAACAUUUAACCUUUCUGCAUUUGGAUCUCUGUCACCGUCUCUUGGAAACUCAUCAGUCUUAAAAUCCAGUCAUCUUGGGGAUUCUCCUUUCUAUCCUGGGAAGACAACUUACGGAGGCGCUGCAGCUGCGCGUCCAUCAAGAGUCCGCAGUACUCCAUAUCAGGCACCAGUAAGAAGGCAGGUGAAACCGAAGCCAGCAAACAAUCAGUCUUAUGGAGUUACAAGCUCCACUGCUCGGAGAAUUCUGCAGUCUUUGGAGAAGAUGUCAAGCCCUUUGGCGGAUGCCAGAAGAAUACCAUCAGUCUCCUCUCCUUCAGCAUUGACUCCAGAAAAAAGUGUUAUUGAUGUUACAGAUAGUUCAUCUAAAAGGAAAAAGGUGGAAGCUUCCUACCCUCCAGUCAAGAAACUUGUGACUCCAAAAUCCAUUUCAGUCUCUACAAAUACUUCUUUGUAUAUCAAACCUUCACUAACCCCAUCUUCUAUAGCAAAUGCAAGAACUAGCAGGACACAAGGAAGCGACAAGCACAAAGAACACUCCAAAAAUCAUGCGCCUGAUGCACCAGCACCGCAACGCACGGACAGCUUAUCCUACCCCAAGUUCAGUACGCCUGCAUCCAAUGGCUUUCCAUCUGGAAGAGGUGGAGGCAAAAUGAUGAGGGAGAAAGGAUCUCAUUAUACAACAAAGUCACAAGAAGAGGAAGUGGAGGCUCCUGAUUUGCCAGAGAUAUCUCUACCAAUAUGUUCAACAGCACUUCCCAAAAUUUCCUUUGGUCUUCAGACUAAGACAACACCACCUCCUGCUGCUGCUGUUAGUAAAUCUGUUUUCAACACACCAUCACAGGUCAUAAAUGCCACAAGCAAUCCUGAAUUCACAUUUUCAUCUCCCAUUGUAAAAUCAACUGAAUCCAAUGCACAAUCUCCUGGGUCACCUGUUGGCUUUACAUUUAGUGUGCCGGCUAUGAAAGGGUCAUCCUUCUCUUCCCAGACUAGUAAGAUGUCAGAAAUGACCAUUCCUGUUAAAUCUCCCGUUGCUAUAAAUAACAGCAGCGUGAAGAAGACAGAAGAGGAAUACAGUGGAUUCUGUAAACCUGCAAAGACUUUAAAAGAAGGAAGUGUGCUUGAUGUUCUGAAAAGUCCAGGUUUUUCCACUUCAAGUUCCCAACAGACUUCAACCACAGCUACUCCUUCCAGAAGCACAUCAUCUCCACUUGUGAAGACUCCUGCAGCUUUUGGUGAAAGCAGUAAACAGGCUUUGGGGAUUUGGUAUUGCAGCAAAUGCCUUAGUGAUAACAAAGCAUCGGACAGUAAAUGUGCAUCUUGCAGCACAUCAAAAGAACUGCUAACUAGAGACCUAAAGGAGUCGGCCACUUCAACAUCAAGCAGCCCUGUUGAAAACACAAGUUUGACAAGUGUGCAAGGAUUUGGAGACCAGUUUAAAAAAGCUCCUGGAACGUGGGAUUGUGAUACUUGUUUAGUACAGAACAAACCAGAAUUUACAAAGUGUGUAGCUUGUGAAACUCCCAAGCCCGGGACUGGAGUUAAAGCUGCCUUGCUACUAUUACCCACAACAAAGUCUGAUAAACCCACAGUUUCCUCUGACAGUGGUUUAACAUCUGCAAGCCUUAAGUUUGAGGAAUUGGCCAGGAAACCUAUCGGAUCAUGGGAGUGUGAUGUGUGCCUUGUGCAGAAUAAAGCCGAAGAAAUAAAGUGCAUUGCCUGCACCACUCCUAAACCAGGAACUUCAACUCCUGUAAGUACUUCUGCAGCUUCUGUACCAGCAACUCAGAAUCAACUUGGAUUGUUAGAUCAGUUUAAGAAAGCAGCUGGAACCUGGGACUGUGAUGUGUGUUGUGUAAAUAAUAAACCGGAAGCUGUAAAAUGCAUCGCCUGCGAGAGUGCCAAACCAGGAAGCAAACCGGAGUUAACAGGAUUUGGUACAUUGUCUGGCUCCAGUAACUCCACACUUCCAACUAUUAAAUUUGGAUUACCAUCCUCCAGCAACUCAGGGGAGCUUAAGUCCAGUGCCUCCACGGACUCAUUAACUUCUGUGUCAGGUGGAUUUUCUUUCCCAAAAUUUUCUGGAGAGAUUAAGAUUGGUAUAAAUUCUUCUCCUUCAAAGUCAACAGAUGAGAAGAAAGAUACAGGCUUUAAGUUUAGGACACCUAGUUCUACCAACAGUACAUCAAAUGUAUUUGGCUUUGGCAAACCUGCUGAAAAAGACACUACUGCUAAACCAUUGACAGGUGACAAUCCAUUUGGAUCUGUGUCUAGUACAUUGGCUUCUAGCCUUAAACCAGAGACAGCAGAACAUCCUAGUUCUAAUGAGAAAUCUAAUUUGACAGUGUCAUUUGGCUUCAAGGAGCCUGAAGAGAAAAAGAGUGAAACUCCUGUGGCAAGUGGCUUUACAUUUGGCAAAGUAGAACAAAAAGAGACAUCUCCCUUUGUUUUUGGGAAAAAGGAUGAGAAAUCUGAGACUAGCACAACAUCAUCACUUUUUGCAUCUAAGAACGAAGGUGAACAGGCAAAGCCGUUUUUAUUUGGCAAGCCAGAAGCAACCAAAACUGAUGCUCCGGCAUCUGUCUCUUUUUCUUUUGGUGUUUCUAAUGCUACAGAGAAGAAAGAUGUAGAUCAGGCCACAAAACCAGUUUUUUCUUUUGGCCUUUCUGCACCAGCCACAGGAGCUGCCAAGCCAUUUGGAUUUGGAUUUCAGAGUAAUGGAUCCUCUACAGCCCCCCAGCCAAGCAUUAUUGGAAGUUCAGCCAGUGCAUUUGGCAGUGUUCAGCAGCCCAGCACCCAGACAAGCACUAGUGGUAUAUUUGGAAGUGCUGUGCAGGCUAACAGUACAUCUGGUUCCAGUGGCUUUGGCUCCACAGCCCCAGCUCCUGCACCCUCAAGCACUGGGUUUAACGCAUCUGCAUCCUUACCUGCUCCUUCUGGUUCCAGCAGUUUGUUAGGUGGUGUAACAGCUUUGAACUCGCAGGGAAAUUCCAGCGCGAUAUUUGGAAGUGCAGUUCCUUCCAUCGCUGCCUCUAGCUCCAGCAGUGUGUUUGGCAGUGCAGCCCCUGUAAAUACAACUAGUGCUUGCAGUGUCUUUGGAGCUGGAGCUUCCACAAACACAUCAACAAGUUCCAGCAGUUUGUUUGGCAACUCUGGUGCAUCCACCAAUUCAACAGCCCCCUUUGUUUUUGGACAGCCUGCCACCACAGCGAGCACCGCUAUGUUUGGCAAUCCAAAUGAGUCCAAGUCUACUUUUGCUUUCUCUGGCCAGGAAAGUCAGCCAGCAGUGACCUCCACAACCACUGCAACCCCGUUUGUCUUUGGAGCAAGUACAACAACACCCGCAGCUCCAGGCUUUAGCUUCUCGGGAGCAAAUGCGUCAAAUGUAACAGGUACCAACUCCACUCCCUUUAUCUUUGGUGCUGCAUCUGCUCCUGCCCCUGCUGCUGCAAGCCCUGUGCCGACGUUUGGGAAGCCGGCCAGCCAGACAAAUGCCCCCUCAGCAUUUGGUUCAUCAGCAUCUGCUAGUUUGUUUCCCAGUACUUCUCAAAAUGUCCCUGCUUUUGGAUCGCUGACAAGCAGUGUGCAGACACCAGUGUUUGGGCAGCAAAGCUCUCAACCUGCUUUUGGAUCCAGUGCAGCUCCUGCUAGUGGCGCUGGAUUUCAGUUCGGUAGCUCAAACUUCAACUUUGCAAGUGGAAGUUCACCUGGAGUCUUCCAGUUUGGUGGGAAUCCUGCCCCUGCCCCGGCCCCUGUCCCAGCACAGCCACCAAAUGCUGCAUUUGUCUUUAACCAGCCCCCUGCAUUUAAUAUGGGUGCAAGUGGACGAAAUGCACCCCCCUCUACAAUUUCUAAUCGGAAAAUAAAGACUGCAAGAAGGCGAAAAUAAACAGCGAUAUGCUAACCCUUCCCUCUUUUUUUUUUUUUUUUUUUUCCAUUUGGUUAGAAAAAUAAAAAAAAUAAAAAAUGGUGUCCUGCAUUGUGCAAAUACUGGAGUGUACCUCAUGCUGUGUUUAGUGGAAGUCAGAUCUGCCCAAGGACUUUCUGAUAGUCCCCAAUUCAUCCCUCCUUGUUGUUAAACGUGACAAUGGGAAGAUUUUUUUUAUUUUUAUUUUUUUUAUAUAUAAUUUACGUUAAAAAAAAAAAGUUUAAAAUUCUAACAACUUUAGUACCAUACUUGGCAUGAUCUGGCUAUACAGGCAAAUAUAGCCUGCACAGCGAAUGGCUUUUGUAUAAUACCUCUUUUCAUCUGCACCACUAUUUUACUGACGCUUUGAAAUUGUAAUUACAAGUUGAGGGAUCUGUAUAGUGUAGAGGAAGAUGAAUGAUUUUUAUGCCUCUUUGUGCUGGUGUAUGUGUGAAGUUGAGUGUAUUGUGCACCAAGACUUUUCUGAUAGCUGAAGACUGACUAAUGGAUGGUCCUUUCUCGGAAUUUGUUAGCUACGUAAUUCUUCAUCUGGUAAAUACGCUUCCCCUUCCUUUGUUUUCUCUUUUCUUUCCUUAUUCCUUUUUCUUUUUUUUCUUUUUUCUUUCCUUUUUUUUCUAGCCUUUCCUUUGUCCUUAUUUUAUGAUAUUCUUGUAAAUAUAAUUUCUCUGCAUAUUUUUCAGCAUAAACUAUAAAAAAAUCUGUGAACUUGAAAUUUUAAUUUUUUUGUGUUGCAGCAAUUUUUUGUUUAGACUUGUUUCAGAUUUUAUUAUGUAAAUCUCAUUAUUCAAAGUUGCCUAAUUCCAUACAAAUAGUCUUUAAAGAAAAUUGGAAAUUCUUUAAAGUAUUAGGUUAUUGGCUUUUCUGAUCCAUUUUUGUUUGGACCAAAAACCAGUAUUGUACAAAGUAUUAAGUAUAUAUUUUUAUAUUUACAGAAAUGGACUGUGGUGACUUUGGAUAAUAAGUAAGUUUAAUAUUAAAGCCAUGUUUAUUACAGUAUAAUUAACAUGUUAAACCAUGGGAUAAACGCCAUCAAUAAAAUGAUAAAAAUACAAAUGGUUUUAACUCUACAAUGUUUAUGCUGUGACUCACAUGAUUUAUUGUGUUUGAGAAGGUCAUUGAUCUGUACUGAUUCUGUACAGUAAGAUUGUUACUGGGACAUGGGAUGCCAGGAUUCUUAUAAGUGUUCUGUUCAGUUAUUUGUGCACAAGAUGUUAAACUUUUUUUUUUUUUUAUUCAAACGAGUUUUAUUGGUAGAAGUGAAAGCAAAUGCACAACAAAGUAGAGCUCCAUUGCAAUGUAGGAGUAGAUACAUCACAUAUACUGUCCAAUCAAUUUAACGGAGGACCUUUGCUGGUAAUUCAGAUUAGAAAACUUCUCUUUACAGAUUCUAUUCUCAUCCAUGAGCUCAUUCCUCCUGGCCUUUUAGUAACCAUAACACUUUAGAUUUUCUACCUACAAACCUAUACGAGGGCUGGUUUUUUGGCACCACCAUUUGUAUUUGUAAUGCCAUCAAUCGUUCCACCAUAAAAUCGAUGGUGAAAUGAAAAAAAAACAAUAAUUUGCCGAGAGAAAUAAUAAUAAAAAGAAAACAAUUAAGC